GGCAAUGUCAUCAUCGUUAGUUUCAACAGGGUUAUUGUUGUAGGUUGCAGUUCGUCCUGUUCUUGUGUCCACCUUCUGCAUAUCUGCAUUAUAGAACCAGUUAAAACGUAUUUAAAUUAAAUAUAUAUCAGUAAAGAGCUGACAGCCUGUCUGUUCCCUCCAGCUGAUGAACUUCCUCUUUACUUCAGCAAGGAGGGGCUUCAGAUCCUCUACAAAGAGAAGAAUACUUUCAAAAAAUGUGCUGAGCCUCAGUGAACAUUGCACCAAAGAUGAAGUUUUCAUUUGUCUUGUUUCUUUUAUUAGAUAUCCCUCAUCUAAAAGGGCAGCAGAGGACUGAGGAGUUUGAACACAUUCUGCUGAGAUUCACCUUCCCUUCAUUUUACAAUAGCUACCUGAAGACCUGCUGUAAACUCUAUCCAGGAGGAUGUUACACACUGUUGGACAGCACAGGAUACACCUGUGAUUUACUAAAAGGAAGAGUCACGAAAACUGAGAAUGACGGCUGGAUAGAAUUUAAAAUAUCGAAUGUAAGCUUCGCAGACGGAGGCUUUUACAGAUGCAUCGUGCUGGGAACUCAAAACCACGUCUACAAUGAUUACUAUGUCGAGGUGUCUGUUUCAAGUCACAACAGCCAGUCUCAGCCUUCACAGACAACAACUAUCAAAGCCCCUAACACCUCGACAAAACUUCCACACUCCACUGAGGCUGUUCUGGCAGAGGAUCACAGUGAGAGUCGCAGAGUUCCCUGGAGUUUUGGCCUGUCCUUAGCUGUCAUUGUGUCCAUUACAGCAAUGUUUUUAAUUACUUCAGUUAUUGGUGUGGUUUGCUGCAGAGUCAAGGCAAAACAGGCGGACAAACAUGGAGAAACUCCAUGUGAGUCACUGAAACAAGAGGCCCCAGAGAUAAGUGGCAUCGUCUAUACAACAGUGGAUUUCAGAGCUCACCAGAAGCCGUCCGAGGUGUACGCAAACCUGAAGACGUACAAAACACAAAUGGGGGACCCUGAUUCCACCUGGAGUACAGAGUUGGAUGGGAUGGUGGAGUACUCCACACUGGCAAUCCACAAGUGAAUUAAUUGAUAAAUGAUUAAUAAUAAUAGUUAGAAUAAUAGUUAAAGGUCCAGUAUGUAAGGUUUAGGGGCUUCUAUUGGCAGAGACUGAAGGUAACAUUCAUCUGUAUGUUUUGAUGAGUGUAUAAUAUAUCAUGUGUUUUUGUUACCUUAUAAUAGGUCCUUUAUACCAGCAGAGUGGGUGAGUCCACUUACAUGGAGUCCACCAUGUUUCUAUAGUAGCACAAAACAAACAAACAUGGACUCCACCAUAUUGAAUUGCCAUCUCUCAGUAGCCCAGAAGUUUAAUAUUAGUUUAAUAUUUCGUUUUCAUUGUAGUUUCUCAUGCUAGGAAGGAGAGGGUGAGGCAAAGUGCUUGCAAUCAAUAACUAGAUUGCUAGAUGCCAUUAAAUCCUACACACUAUUCCUUUAAUGGGAACAAUUGUAUUUUUUACAUCACUGUAUUUGAAUGAAUUAAUGUCAGCUAUCCUAGUCAUAGUUCUCACUACUCAGCUGAUGUAGUUUACCAGGCAGAGAUGAUCAAACAAAAAGAUGUAUUUUCUUGCAUUAUGGGUAAAGUAGGAUUCAGCAUUUUUUAAGCUUGAAUAGCUAAAAUCAUGGUAUCUGGUUUUAACUAUUCUUUUGUGUGUCAUGUUUCCCUCUACUUUAUGGUGUGCAGUAUUAAAUCACUGAACCACCC